UGGUUUUGUUUCUGCUGAUCAUUUUCUACAAAAAAGUAUAGCAGGCAUUGCCCCACUAUAUUAUUGCACAUUGCAUAUAUAAAUGUUCUUUCCUUUCUCUUCUACCAGCACAUAUCAUUCAGCAUUUCUCACUGUCCGUGACACAAACAUAGUUUUCUUUUCUUGGUUUCCUUAAUGCAAAUCAGCUAUGCCAGAGUUCUAUGAUUUGCAAAUCCACAUCAAUGGUGAACAAAAAUUCUUUCUGAAUGAGAAGAUUGUAUCAAAAUAUUCUGCAAGGUUAAAGAAAAUGAUUGACCAAGAAAAGAGAAGAACCAAGACCAAGAAAUUGGGUAUUGAAAUCGAUGACUUCCCAGGAGGUGCAAAUGGGUUUGAACUGGUUUGUAGAUUUUGUUACAACAAUGGUAAAAUCUCAAUCACAGUUUCAAAUGUGUCCCUUUUCUACUGUUGUGCAGUCUUUCUUGGGAUGACUGAGAAGGUUUCAACCUGCAAUCUCUUGCAACAAACGGAGACCUUUCUAGCGGGAAUGUUUUACUGGUCAUGGAUUGACAUACUUGUAUGUCUUAAAAGCUGUUUUCCAAUCUUUGCACACGCAGAUUCAUCUGGCCUUGUUCAAAAGCUCAUCUCUGCACUAUUGGUAAAGAUUGCUCAAAAUUCAGAUACAAACUUCAUUACCUCAUCUUCUUCAUCUUCAUCUUCUCCUGAAACUGCAUCUGGGUAUAGAUUCUAUUCCUCAUCCAAAUCUACUCCUGAUUUAAUCAAGUCAUCUUCAUCAAGCAAAGCAUGGUGGUUUGAAGAUUUGGCUGUUUUGCCACCAAAUAUCAUUGAAAAAGUCAUUCAGAGUUUAGGGGCUUAUGGGCCUGAUAACAACAGUUUGAUACUCACAAGAUUCCUCCUUCAUUACCUGAAGACUGCAGCUCAAAGCAAAGCAAUUAAUCAAUUAUAUUCAAAGUGUGAGUAUGGUGGUCUUGCAGAUACAGCUAUUCAUGGUGUUGUCACAGUGGGGAAAGAAGCAUUUUCUUGCAGAGGGCUGUUGUGGGUACUAAGAAUUGUCUCUGGUUUUGGUCUUAACAAAGACUACAAAGUGGGGUUGGAGAAAUUAAUUGGUGGAAUGCUUGACCAAGCAACAUUAGAUGACUUGCUGGUCUCUGGCCAUGACAGGGCUGUUUAUGAUGUUAAUUUAGUUUUAAGAUUGAUUAGGGCAUUUGUUAAUAGUGAUGAAAUUUCAAUCCACAAGAUGAAGAAAGUUGGUAGAUUGAUUGAUAAGUAUUUGGGUGAGAUAUCUCCUGAUCAGAACCUUAAGAUCUCUAAGUUUCUUGGAGUAGCAGAAAGUUUACCAGAUUCUGCCAGAGAUUGCUUUGAUUGGGUCUACAGAGCCAUCGAUAUUUAUAUUCAGUCUCACGUAAGUCUUUCAAUUGAGGAACGAUCAAGAUUAUGUGGAUGCCUUAACUAUGAGAAGCUCAGCCUUGCAGUGUGUAAAGAGCUCGCAAAGAAUCCUAGAAUCCCUCCUAGGAUUGCAGUUCAAGCACUUAUAUCUCAACAAUCCAAAGUACCAAAGGAGUUGGAUUAUUAUAACAAUCUGAGCACGAGCAGCACUACCCAGAUGGUUUUGUACAAUGACGCAGAGAAUUUCUUGGAAGAGAAUGAAGAUAUGAGACAAAACCUUACAAGGAUGCAAUGGAGGGUGGUAGAGUUGGAGAAAGAGUGUAGAGAGAUGAAGGGUCAUAUGUCAAAAUUGGUUAGGCAUAAUGUCCUGACAAUUCCCAGUCACAACAGAACUUUGCCAAGACUUUGUUAAAUAUCUCUCCUUCACUUUCAUAUGGAUAUAUGAACAUGUGUUUUGACUCUGAAAUUAAGAUUGUAUUUAAGUGUGAUUUGUAAUUUAAAACGUAAUAGAGUGAAGAAAAUUACGGCAAUCAUCAAUGGAUUUAUAAUGAA